GUAAGAACAGCUGCAGAUGUUCCACAGUUCUGGUUUCUGCUCCUGGAAGUUCUCAGAAAUUUAAACUUUUUCUACUAGAUUUAAAACCCGACAGAACAAAGAAACCGGUCUGAGUGAUACGAGCGAACGGUUUAUGGCGACACGCCUGCGUCAGGUGUGUGGAUCUUUAACUGUUUCCUGUUCAAAGCUCAAAGUCCAUCCGACGGACAGAGACGACCCAUAGACGAUCCACAGACGAUCCAUAGACGAUCCACAGAUGACCCAUAGAUGAUCCACAGAUGACCCAUAGAUGAUCCACAGAUGACCCAUAGACGAUCCAUAGAUGAUCCAUAGAUGAUCCAUAAACAACAAGGAGACUAAAGAAGAGUUUCUCUGAGCAGAACCCAACAACGAACUAAAAGAAGAGGACUAGCGGACGAAGCUGGACGAACUCUGAGGUUCUAGAAGCGGACGUGGAACCAUACAUGGAUUGUACCUGAGGACGUUCAGGUCGGAUAAAGUCUCUGCUGACUGACCGUCUGACUGGCGGCCAUCUUGGAGUGGCGUUCAGAACACAUCACAGGAACGUUUGAUCAAAACAGUCUGAGGUCUCCAGAACAUCAAGGAACAGCACAGACUGAGCAGCAGCUCCAGCCGGGGCUCCUCCCGGUUCCUCCGGUUCCCCUGCUGCAGCGCCCCCUGCUGGGCAUCAUGGAGCCUGGAGCCAGCCGGCAGCAUCUCCAGGUUCUGGGAGAGAACGAGGCGCUGCAGCAGUUCUUCAACGGACAGGAUGUGAAUAAUGUGCUGGACAACUCCGUCGCCGUGGACACGAGCAUCCUGGAGCAAUACCUGAGCAACGAUGUGGAUCCCAGCAGCUUCAUGCUCCCUGAGUCUCCUCCUGAUUCCAGCUCAGAGGCCUCUUCACCUGCUCAGAUACCAGAAAUACCAGAAAUACCAGAUUUACACUACAAGCCGUCCUAUUGGUCCAACCAGCAGAUGGCCCAGGACGUAUUUGUCCCAACGACCCAAUCCGGUGCCUCCUGUUGCUUUAAGGACCGAGGCUCCGCCCCCUCUGAGCUGCUGACCCACCACCAGCUCCGUAACUUAGGAUUCACUAAUAUGUACGUGAAGUCUGGGACUCCACCCGCCCCCCCACACCUCCAGACUCACCACUCAUCUGAACACUACCUGAGUCCACAGAGCUGCUUGCAGGUUUACACUCCGCCCACACCUCCGUCCCCGCCCUCCAACAGCUACCACGCACCAAUCACAGCUGUAGCCACACCCCCUUCAGUCGGCCUGUCGGGCUCUGCCUCCACAUUACGAACCUACUCCCCAGACAGUAAAAAGAGGAGGAGAUCUGAGUGUGAGGAACCAUCGGCAUCCUGCAUUGAAGGUGACGGACCUCAUGGUGGCGCUGCAGGUCCCAAUGUUGGUGGACUGACUGUGGGUUCUCACCAGCUGCUGGCCUGGGAACAGUACAGACUGGAACAGUGGGGCACCUUCUACGACAGCAGCUACCAGAUUCUGUCUCCUCCUGCCUACCACGUUGAAACAGAUAAAGGUUUCAACUACUCUGCCACCGACGAGGCCUUCGUUUGCCAGAAGAAGAACCACUUUCAGGUCACGGUUCACAUCGGUGUGGCGGCAGAACCACAGUACGUCAGGACACCCAGCGGACCUCAGCAGGUCGACCACUUCCAGAUAAAAGCGUUUGGAGUUAAGUUGGAAACUCCGAGCCACCAGGUGACCAUCGAACAGUCCCAACCGGACCGCACCAAGAAACCGUUCCACCCGGUCAGGAUCAAUCUGCCUGGUGGUAAAAUAACCAAAGUGACACUUGGAAGGCUUCACUUCAGCGAGACGACGACCAACAACAUGAGGAAGAAAGGAAAACCCAACCCAGACCAGAGGUAUUUCCAGAUGGUGGUCGGUUUGUACGCUGCAGUCCGAGAGGAAACGUUCCUCCUAACAGCUCUGGUGUCGGAGAGGAUCAUCGUCAGGGCAUCCAACCCGGGUCAGUUUGAGACGGACGGCGACACCUUGUGGCAGCGGGGUGCGCUGCAGGAAGCCGUGGUGUGUCACGGUCGGGUCGGCAUCAACACCGACUCCCCCGACGAGGCGCUGGUCGUCUGCGGCAACGUCAAGGUGAUGGGCGCCGUCAUGCAGCCAUCCGACCAGCGUGCCAAACACAACAUCCAGGAGGUCGACUCUGAGCAGCAGCUGAAGAGAAUCACUCAAAUGAGGAUAGUGGAGUUUGAUUACAGACCAGAGUUCGCCUCUUCGAUGGGAAUAGACCACACUCACCAGACAGGUAUUAUCGCCCAGGAGGUGAAGGAGCUGCUGCCGUCUGCGGUGAAGGAGGUCGGAGACGUCACCUGUUCUGAUGGAGAGACGAUAGAGAACUUCCUCAUGGUGGACAAGGAGCAGAUCUUCAUGGAGAACGUCGGAGCCGUUCAGCAGCUGUCGAAACUCACCGACAAUUUGGAGACUCGGAUCAAAGAGCUGGAAGUCUGGAACCGUCGACUGGCCAAACUGAAGAGUCUGACGGGCAGCCUGCGCUCCACCGGGGGGCCUAAGAAGCACAGCGUCGUCUCGACCACAUCCAACAUCGACUCCUGUAAACCGGAGAAAGUCGAGAAGGAGGUUCAGAGUCGGAAAUCUAACAGCUGUCUGCAGCACAAGGUCUUCCAGGCCAGCGUCUUCACCCUGUUAGCCACCAUGGCCUUCUGCGUCAUCUCCAUCACUGCGCUGUACCUGGUCAACUUAAGGGAGGACGACUUGACUCUGUUUCCAGGCAACAACAACGGCAGUGAAGUUCCUCUGCACACCACCUGGAUGAGCACAGUCCGUCCCACCAGUCCUGCUGGUCUGUGGCCUCCAGAUGUGGACUUCUGUGAUCUGCUGUACUGUGAUCAGGUGUACUGCUGCCCGGCGCCUGCAGGGGGCAGCAACAGCUCCACGGCGUUGUCCACUGAGUCGUCCGAUCGCGAUGAUAUAUCCGAAAUGAGACAAGAAACAUUUUACGACCAUCUGAAAAACGCCAGAGACUGGACGAAUACGACCAUCCAGUCCUUCAGGAUCAAAGAGAACCAGCAGCUGAUCGACAGUAGAUACUGUCUGAGGGACCAGUGUGGAUCUGGCCGGUUCGUCUUCAGAGUUCCCAUCAGUCAGUUUGUUCCAGACAACAUGAGAGUGACUCUGAUCAUGAAUUCUACGGAGCUGCUGGUCGUUCAUCUGUGCAGUUUUGAUGAAUCGGUUUCCUGCUCGUCUCUGAUGGAUAAAAACACCAUAACCGGCAGCACAUAUCCAUCAAACACUCAGGGGGAACAUGAGUGGCCUCUUCAUGUAGCUCGUCUUUAUCACAGCUCCUAUCACUUCCGUUCUGCAGUCGCUGGUCAGGCUGACUGCAGUACUGAUCACCACUACAUGGGGGCGCUCUUCACAGAUUACCACUUCUACUUCUACAGACGCUGCAUAGACUCAUAAACACAAUAAAAGACAAAUUUACCCCAAAAAUCCAGUUUUAUAUUUUAAAUAUUUGCUUUUCCGACACAGAGAAGUUUUUGACUUCCUGUUGUGUUUUUUGUUUUUUAAAGCUGCAGAUGUUUUUAUUGUCAAUGGUGUAAUUCAUUAUUCACUGUGAUGUUGAACUAUUUAACGUAUUUUACUCUCAUGUCUGUUAGUUAAUCUGAGAUUUAUCCGAUGAAAACAUGAACUCAGAAACAUCCCACCUUCUAAAAAUGAACCUUUAAUCUGAAGUCAAAUGUGGAAGUUUUGAGUCGUGUGGAAACAUAAAUGUGACGACACGAGAUGGUGAUUAGAGUUGGAAAAAACUAAAAACAUUUGUGCUGUGCAACAUUGAGUCUAUUUUUUCUGGCUUUUCUCAAAUCUUUGCUUGUUUUCUUGUGAGAAACUGGAGACGUAUGAAACCUGCUCGUUUAAAGUUUGUCAACCUAAACUUGAAACGAAUCCAAAAAGAAUGGAGUGUUUUGUUUUUCUUGGUUUUUAGUCGUUAGCUUUUUGAGAAUUACAUGAAUUCUAUGAAUAAAGCUCGAAUUUCGA